CUGCACUACAGGAUCCUCCUGGGCAGCAGAGCUUGUGCCCACAUGGCAGCGGCUGCCUGGGCCAGUGGCUUUCUCAAUGCUCUGCUGCACACAGCCAAUACAUUUUCCCUUCCCCUGUGCCAUGGCAAUGCCCUGGGCCAGUUCUUCUGCGAAAUCCCACAGAUCCUCAAACUCUCCUGCUCCAAAUCCUACCUCAGGGAACUUGGGCUUCUUGCUGCUAGUGCCUGUUUAGAAUUCAAAUGUUUUGUGUUCAUUGUUUUCUCUUAUGUGCAGAUAUUCAGGGCCGUGCUGAGGAUCCCCUCUGAGCAGGGACGGCACAAAGCCUUUUCCACCUGCCUCCCUCACCUGGCUGUCGUCUCCCUGUUUGUCAGCACUGGCUUUUCUGCCCACCUGAAACCCCCCUCCAUCUCCUCCUCAUCCCUGGAUCUGUCAGUGUCAGUUCUGUACUCAGUGGUGCCUCCAGCUCCAACCCAUCACCGCCCGCAGCCAAUCAGCGGCGGAGAUCAGGGAUACGGGGGCGGUGCCUAG